CUGAUCACCAAGUUACGUGAACAAUCGCUCUCAUCAAAAUUUGAACUAUCAAGCCAGCUCUACAUCAAGUCUCAUCAUGGUAGCACAGUCUGGACCUCUCACGAACGGGCAUCCCGGCUCAGUUCGAUCUCGCAACAUCGCCCUGCUCAGUAUCGUUGGGGUGAUUGCUGGCGCCGCCCUCGUCUUCCGAGCCCAGUCACCCAGCAAGGAUGAGAAGAUAUACUCGCUGAAAGAAGCUCAGACUAUGAGUGGAGGACAAACUGGCGAUGAUAGAGUCGGUCGGGCACCGAGCCAUCAACCCAAGAAUUGAGUCUUGGAGAAUAAAUAUGACUGUUAUGACACCACAAUUUAUCUGUAUAUUAGGCGAAUGGUUGGGCUUUGUUGAUUGAAUAUUGAGACAAGCACAUGAGAUGCUUCAUUAUCCGCUGCAUAAAGAAUCAUUCCAUGCU